GGGGGUAGGAGAGAGAGGAAUAGAGAUAGAUAGAAAGCAAGAUAAGUAGAUAGGGGGGGAUAGAAAUAGUGGGGUAGGGAGAGAGGGAGAGGACAGAGAGUGGGAGAGAUGAGCAUAAACUGAGACAGACAGGGAUAUAGGGGAAGCCAGAAUAAACUGGGAUAGAGAAAGCAGCUGGGAAAUCGAGAGACAGGCCAGGAGACGGAAACUAGGGGAGACUGGGCAGACCUGAGCAGCAAAGAUGAUUCCCCCGAUAGACUCUCUGUUGAAAUAUGAUCAUCCACUGCUUGUCAGCAGGAACACGGAGAAAAAAUCAGCCAAGGCUCGCGCUUUGAAGGUGAGUCCCCAGCAGCCCAUUUCUACAUCACCAAUUCCAAGUCCUCCAAAACCCAAACCACUUACAGUUGACGUCACCAAGCAGACUGAAGAGAUUUUAAAUGCAAUUUUGCCACCCAGGGAAUGGACGGAGAACUCACAGAUGUGGAUUCAGCAGGUAUCUAGCAUUCCCUGCACUCGGAUUGAUGUGGUCCAUCUGCAGGAACAACUGGACAUCAAGCUGCAACAACGGCAAGCUCGAGAGACUGGAAUUUGCCCAGUCCGCAGAGAGCUCUACUCACAGUGUUUUGAUGAACUGAUCAGACAAGUCACCAUCAACUGUGCCGAGCGUGGACUACUGCUGCUGCGGGUCCGUGACGAGAUCCGCAUGACCAUCUCUGCCUAUCAGACACUGUACGAAAGCAGUGUCGCUUUUGGGAUGAGGAAAGCUUUGCAAGCAGAAGAGGGCAAAACUGACAUGGAAAAAAAGAUCAUCGAUUUGGAAACAGAAAAGAAAGAUCUGGAGAGACAGCUCAAUGAACAGAAAGCAAAAUGCGAAGCUAUAGAGAAAAGGGAGAAUGAAAGGCGGCAAGUGGAGGAGAAGAAGCAUGCAGAGGAAAUUCAGUUUCUCAAACGAACCAAUCAGCAACUUAAGGCACAACUGGAAGGCAUAAUUUCUCCGAGGAAAUGAAAUUAUCGUGUUUCUCCCCAAAAACAAUCUCGUGAAUAUACAAUUCAUACACGCUACUACUGUGACUUAAACAGUGUACAAGUUCCAUACAGGCAAGGGUGUUGUCUAUAUAAAAGAACCUUAAUGAUCUGAAGGCUAUUACCAGGAAUUGGGCCAAGGUGCACUGGAUCUGUAAACUCAGUGUUUCAUGUGACUACAUACAUAACUUAUUUCAACAUUAAUUAUGACCCCCUAUUGAUCUCAGUCUGCUGGCCGGUCCAUGGACUGCCUUUAUCCAUUGUUCUGGCAAUGUUUAAAUUUUCAUCGUAUUUACCAUAAUGCCAGUGUUAGCACUAAUAUUCCAUUGAUACAUGUAAUACAAUGCUAGGAAUAAAAUUUACAACAGCAAUGAAUCCGCAACUUGUUUCAAUUAAAACACCCCCAUUCAAAAAUGUCCACUUCAAGAUUAUUAUUAUUAUUAGUUUUCCUUGGGAAUGCACUCUGAGAUUUCACAAUAUGUAGUAUUUUCUUGGGGAAAAUUAUCUGCUCGUGGAGACACCAUGCAGCUGUAACAACUGAUUUCACCUUGGCAAUUUAUAUAAACUGAGGGUUAAUAGAAAAAACCCUAAAAUAUACAAACAUUGACGACUGAUUAGAAUGGAAUUUCUUUGGCAUUUACACGUGAAUAAAAAUUGCAAAUCAUUUGUCCCUUAUUACUCCUUCAGGCAUUGAGAGUCUGUUCUAUAUCCCAUCUUUUCCUUUAACAGUAUCACACUAUUUUCACAAUAAUUUUUAAAUUGCCAUUACAGUACUAAUUGUGCUGUAAAUCUUAGAAUAAUGUAUCUGUUCUUAUUUCUUUUAAAUAAAUUACUUAAACUUC